AUGGCUUUUGAUUCGCUAGAGAAACACGGCCUGGUUUACAGAGGGUACAUUGUUUCACUCGACUCUGCCGAUAUCAUGCUUUACGCUCUCGGCUCAAAUGGCUCUGGGCAGCUUGGAAUCGGGAGCGCAGAUGAUGCUCAUGAGCCGCAGAAAUGUAUCGUUCCGAUCAAUUUUGAUUACAAAUCCAUUAUUAACAUAGCUGCUGGUGGCAACCAUACCCUAAUCAACACAGCGGGCAAGAUAUUCGCCGCUGGAGACAUUGCAGGCGGUCGAUACCCCAUCGUGCACGUAUACACUCAAUCGAAGCAUGAGGAUGCAUUUAAGUUUCGCCUUUCCACCGUGUCAUCGCAGUUUUGUGCCGCAACGUGGGAAUCUACGACGGUGAUUGACAACAUUCAGCGGGUUUUUGCAUGUGGUUCUGGCAACAAAGGUGAGCUCGGCCUCGGUAAUGGCAUUACGAGCUCAGAAAAACCAAGGAUCAUCACAGAUUUUCCCCCAAACGACGAUUCAUUCAUCGCAGAUCUGGCAGCGAGCAUGAGCCAUACUGUUUGUUUGCUCAGUAAUGGCGAUGCGUAUGGCUGGGGAAGCGGCCGAAAAGGUCAGUUAGGAGAGCCUGCGCAAGAUUGUUGGACGCCUCGAAAGAUAGAUGGCAUCCCGUUUGAGCCAGAUAGAGUGGUCUGUGGGAAGGAUUUCACGUACUUCGUUGGCUCGAGAUCAAGCGGGCACCACCACAUCAUCGGCAACGACAGAUGGGGCGUUAUUUCUCAGGCACCAAAAUCACUGCCAUCGUGGAGAGACAUCGGUGCAAGCUGGGGUAGUAUAUUCGUGCUUCUUGAGACGGGAGAGCUGCUCUCGUGGGGUCGAAAUGACCGAGGCCAGCUUGGACCGUCAAAUCUUCCGAAGCUUUCGCAGAUUGCUGUGGGCAGCGAGCACGUUGUAGCAUUGACUGAGGAUGGUAAGGUCAUUUCUUGGGGAUGGGGAGAGCACGGGAACUGCGGACUACCCGUUGAUCAGAACGGCGAUGUGAAGGGCAGGUGGAAUGAGAUCAAGGUUGCAGGAAAGGUUGUGGGAGUGGGUGCCGGAUGUGCGACGACUUUCAUAAUAACGGAAGAGAGUGAAUGAAGACACACUGAACUCGCACAAAGUGAACUACGGAAGAUUUGAGCUGCGCAAUCCCCGCGUUAGAAAUGAUUGGCUUAGAAGACUAUCUGAAAUGCUGCAGCAUCAUCGAAAGGGUCGGUUUGUAGCGUGAAUAGCCGAAGUAUGAAGGGCCGCAGGUGAAAUCUGAGCAGGGACGUUUUCAUCGGAAUUGGGUUGAGG